GCAACUGUUUUAACAGUAACGCGGUGAAUCUCGUACCCGGAUUCUAUGGAAGUAGUCUCAAGUCGUGCGUGCAAACUACAACGAUGCAACUGCUCCAAUCCAGUUGUGCGAACCUCAAUAAUGUAAGCUCUCUUUUAUAUUCAGUUCAGUUCAUGUUCAUCUCAAUUAUUAAUGACGUUAGAACACAGAUUGGUAUUAAAAAAUAAUAAUAAAAAAAAGAAACUCCAAAUAGGAAAUAUCUCGGAAGCAACCCUCCGAUGGUACUCAUUUGUCUCCUUCUCCAAUAUCACUUUAAGCGCCCAUCGCAAUUUGCAAUAGUUUGUGGACCAAACUGUUCAUGAGUGAAUUGUGAUUAGACAAUGAAGAACCAAUUAUGUUCGAGCGACGAGGACGAGUACUGCGAGUCCUCGAAUACUUAUUGCUGGUGGAGAUCGGCUGCGGAGUUCGAAGAAUGCGUCAAGCUCAAGCUCGAUCCGCCCAACGUGGUGGCGCUGACGCCGAGGAUUCGGAUUUUGAGGGAGUUGGAGAGGUUGUCUUUGGUGGCGCAAGACGGCCUCAAUGAGCUCCGCCACAAGCUUGUCAUGUACCGGUCCGGUGAUUUCUGGAUGCCGACCGGAGGGAUUCCCAAGGAGAAAACCGAUAUUCCUCCGGUUGUUACGGUUCUGUUGGUCGGCUUCUCCGGUUCCGGUAAGAGCUCGCUUGUUAAUCUCAUGUACUGCGUGUUGGGCCGCUCUGGACUCGUUCCCUUUGCUCAAACCUCUUCCGGAAAUUCUUCCAAGUACACAAGCAUGUUUUUGGAGGAGCAUAAUGUAAUCAGGUCAUUGCGAAGUGGUUUCUGCGUGUAUGACUCGAGGGGGUUCGAUUAUGACCAAAUUGGGGAGAGUUUAGAAGAGUUGUAUAAUUGGAUAAAUGAUGGGGUUCACCAUAACCAGCUAUGUUUGAGAUCAGGAGACCAUUUUUUGCAAAGAGAUGAAGUGGAACUUCUUAUGGCGAGAUCGUCUUCCAAGUUCUUGAGGAGGAGGGUGAAUUGUGCAAUGGUGGUGGCUAACAUAGCAGAGAUCUAUGAGGCCUACAAAGCAGGGAAUUACAAGCCAUUGGAGACCACUAAGGAGCUCUAUUGCUCAACAGCCUUUAAAAAAUGCGCUGAGAACCCCAUCCUGAUCUUGACACACGGCGACAUGUUAUCGACGGAGGAGAGGAUCGAAGGACGGAUUAAAAUAUGUGAAUGGCUACACAUAUCAGAGACAAGUGGAGUGUAUGAUAUUGUGUGCCUCACAGAGUACGGAUUUAUAGCAGAAGACUCAGAUCCAGUCUCAGCCUAUGCCCUGACAGAAGCUGUGUACAGAGCAUUGCUUAUAUCUGACCGAAGCCACCCACCUAAGAGAAACAUCCUAGACUGGACAAUGCUUGUUUUGUCGUGGCUUAUGUGCUUCAUUGCUGCUUUAUUCGCUUUCCUCGCUGAGAUUUGCUCCAAAGUCGGACACAGGGAUAGAUUUAGGUUGUGAAAUUGUGUAUCAUAGGUGACUAAUAACUGAUCAGAUGCCUAACUCAAGACUUCUUGUACCUUCUGUUCACAAGAUUGUAGUAGCACUAAUACGACCUUCUCAAUUAGGAUCUAACUUAGGUUAUUCUUAUUUGUUUUAGGUUAUUUUUAUGUCUUUCACUAGUUGCAAUAAAGAAGGCUUUGUUCUGAUGAGAAAAAUAGAUUCAUCAAAGAGUUUGUGCUCCAUCUAGUCUUCCCAUGGAUGUAUACAUUAUUUCAUCAUGAGAUACUGCCCAAGAAUUGCAGGCUCAUAGGCUCUGUCUAACCCAAAUUCAUCCCCCAUAGUUUGCUAUAAUUGUUGCGGUGAGAUGUCAUGUGUAUCAAGGUCAAAUAAAACAAACGACAGUUAUUGUUUAUACGACAACUAUUAUAAGAACGAAAAUCAGAAUUAACAAUAAUGGCCUCAAAGACAACUCUGAUAAAACGACAAUAAUCUGAACGACCAUAAAAUGACAUUCCGCAUAAACGACAGUAACGUAACCAGCGACAGCAUGUCAAACC